AUGUUGGCAUCGAAGCCAUAUUCGAAUCCGCUGGGCGUGCCCACGUCCCAGACCCCGACAACAUCCUACCAUACCGGUCCUCAGAAGACCGCUGUGUUUUCCAAACCACCAGAUGGGGGGUUGUUCACCAGCCCCACGGAGUCGGAAUUCUCAGGCGGACACGACCCACUGGAUGCUGUUCGGUCCUGGGAUGAGAAGCAAGUGGUUGCCUGGCUGCACAGCAUAAAUUGUGGCCAAUACGAACCUUUGUUCAGAGCAAAUAACUUCAAUGGUAGCAACCUGAUUGAGUGUGACCAGAAGAUUCUUCAGGAGAUGGGAGUCAAGAAAAUCGGCGAUAGGGUGCGCAUCUUUGUUGCCAUCAAGCAGCUGAGAAACAAGUCGGCUGCCAACCGUAAGCAACGAAAUAUUAAUCAAUUGGCUUCAUGGGAAGCCUCGACGUACACCUCCCCCACCGAAUCUUCUCGUCCUUCCCAACCCCGACAACAGACUCUAAAUAAUCGCCGUUUGUCCCGGGCUGCUGAUACCGGCCUCCAUAGCCAUGCGCCUGGGAGGCCGUCGUCUCGCCCAGGGUCACCCUUGCGAGCCCAGCGAUAUGUCGCCGGCAGUCCAAUGGAAAGUGGCCGAAAAGAACAAGGCCAGGGCUAUUUCAGCCAUCCGUCAUCGGCUGGUUCAACGUCUGGCCGGAAUGCGGGAACCCCAGGUGAGACCGUCCAUACUCACAAAAGUACGUCACAUUUGAGGCAAAACCCUAGCCUGGACGGCUUGACAAUGGGUUCCCUACCUACUAACUCCCCUGUCAUCCGCGUAAUAUACACGGGCGGGCAGACCAAGGUAUUAAACAUCAAGCACUGCAAAACAGCUGAUGAAGUCAUCCUGUGUGUUUUGAAGAAGCUUCAGCUUCCUGAGCACCAAUAUCGCAACUAUUGCUUCUAUGUUCUGGAUGGCCUAGAGCCGAAUCCGUCCAAUUGUCGAAGAGUUGGGGAUCAAGAGCUCAUGCAAAUAUGCGAGGGCGCGCACCGAUCCGAGCGUUGUCGUCUCAUUCUACGGAAAAUACAUGCCGGGGAACCCGAUAAUGAUGAGUUGCGUCGUGCAUCUCAGCUUGCGCUGGAUGAAAGCCAGGUGACGCACUUGAAUGCCUUGAGCAGUUCAAACGUGCGCAACCAACUCAAAAUACAACAGCUGACCGGCGAACCGUGGCAUAACAUUAAACAGCCCAUGUCCCCCGUCUCUACACGACACCACCCGAACUCGAGCGAGCAAGAUCUAACACUCCAGAACACGGAACGCCAUCCAGUAUCCAAGCUACGGUCAUUCUUUGGCGCUCGGCCGCCUAGCGAGAUGAUCAUCCACGAAAUCACAUCAUACUUCCCUAGCCAUCAUCGAGAAGACAUCGAGAAGACCAUGCGCAUGUCGGUGCGGAGGUCGCAGCGUUUGAGUCGAGCAGCAAGUCGGAUGAGUGUCGUCAGUAAUACAAGCUAUGCAUCGAGCUUGAGAGAUGCGCCCCCUAUCCCUAGCAUUGCCGAUACUUGGCUCAAUCCCGGAACACAACCUACGCGUGCAUCGAGACCACUGUCUGUCUCGAAGUUUAGUCUUCCUCAAACGGCAUACAGGGAUUCUAUCGCCUCAAGUUCCCUUCAGCCACUUCAGGAGGAGUCUCCAAUCGAACCGAAUCGCAAAUCCUACGUUUCGUUCGACAGUGGGUCUGACGAUCCCAGCAAUUCUCGACAGUCUCUGCUCGACGAGAACGCCAGUGUGGCAGCCACGGACGGAGGCUCCUUCAACGAGCGAUUGAGUGUUCUCGUGGCCGACGAUGGGGAGGAAGAGGACGAUGGCCUGAAUGACUUCUUGGCCGGAAACAAUUUCGCCCCUAAGAAUUGGAUGAAGGGUUCCUUGAUCGGGGAGGGAUCAUUUGGCAGCGUGUUCCUGGCUCUGCAUUCAAUAACUGGAGAGCUGAUGGCCGUUAAACAAGUGGAGAUACCAUCAGCAACUAAGGGGACCGAAUUUGACAAGAGGAAAAACAGUAUGGUCACGGCACUCAAGCAUGAAAUUGAGCUCCUGCAAGGCCUUCACGACCCCAAUAUUGUCCAAUAUCUGGGUACUUCUGCCGAUGACCAGUACCUGAACAUUUUCUUGGAGUAUGUGCCGGGAGGGUCUAUUGCGACGAUGCUCAAGCAAUACAACACUUUCCAGGAGCCGCUAAUUAAGAAUUUUGUACGGCAGAUCCUGUCGGGGCUCUCGUACCUCCAUAGCCGGGAUAUCAUCCAUCGUGAUAUCAAAGGUGCCAAUAUUCUCGUGGAUAAUAAGGGGGGCAUUAAAAUCUCGGAUUUUGGCAUCUCUAAGCGCGUGGAAGCGUCCACACUCCUUGGUGCUCGAGCCAGUGGCAGCGGAGCCGGCCAUAUGCAUCGACCCUCGUUGCAGGGCAGUGUGUACUGGAUGGCCCCGGAAGUAGUUCGACAGUCAGCCCACACCAAGAAGGCUGACAUUUGGAGCCUAGGCUGUCUUGUUGUGGAGAUGUUUAUAGGGGCUCACCCAUUCCCCGACUGUAGUCAAUUGCAGGCCAUUUUUGCCAUUGGCAGCAACAAGGCGCGACCACCUCCACCGGAGAAUGCCAGUGAAGAAGCCAUGGCGUUCUUGGACAUGACUUUCCAAGUUGACUACGAGCAGCGACCGAGCGCAGAUGAGUUAUUAGAGUCCAAAUUUCUAACCGCGCCUCUCACUUGA